UUUAGCACCAAGAUGGCUGACGCUAUGGAUGAAUACGAAAAAGAAGCUGGCUGUGUCCCUAUUCUUCAUCCAGAGGAAAUCAAGCCCCAGAGCCACUAUAACCACGGCUACAGCGAGAAUGUGGGCCGCAAGAGCCACGUGGACGACUACAGCACCUGGGACAUCGUCAAAGCCACACAGUAUGGGAUCUUCGAGCGCUGUCGAGAGCUGGUGGAGGCCGGAUAUGACGUGCGGCAGCCGGACAAAGAGAACGUCACCCUGCUGCACUGGGCUGCCAUUAACAACAGGAUAGACCUGGUCAAGUACUACAUAUCGAAGGGUGCCAUUGUGGACCAGCUGGGAGGUGAUCUGAACUCAACACCACUACACUGGGCGACAAGACAAGGCCACCUCUCGAUGGUCGUCCAGCUGCUCAAAUAUGGGGCGGACCCCGCCCUCAUCGACGGGGAGGGCUGCAGCUGCAUCCACCUGGCCGCGCAGUUCGGCCACACCUCCAUCGUGGCCUACUUCAUUGCAAAGGGGCAGGAUGUGGACAUGAUGGACCAGAACGGAAUGACUCCGCUAAUGUGGGCAGCCUACAGAACACACAGCGUGGACCCCACCCGGCUGCUUCUGACCUUCAACGUGUCCGUCAGCCUGGGCGACAAGUACCACAAGAACACGGCCCUGCACUGGGCGGUGCUGGCCGGCAACACCACCGUCAUCAGCCUGCUGCUGGACGCCGGCGCCAACGUGGACGCCCAGAACAUUAAGGGAGAGACGCCGUUAGAUCUGGCCAAACAGAGGAAGAAUGUGUGGAUGAUCAACCACUUACAGGAGGCGCGGCAGGCCAAGGGCUACGACAGCCCCUCCUACCUGAAGAGGCUAAAGGCAGACAAGGAGUUCCGGCAGAAGGUGAUGCUCGGCACCCCUUUCCUGGUUAUCUGGCUGGUGGGCUUCAUCGCUGAUCUGGAUAUCGACUCCUGGCUGAUCAAGGGUCUGCUGUAUGCAGUGGUGUGGGUCACAGUGCAGUUUCUCUCAAAGGCCUUCUUUGACCACUCCAUGCAUAGUGCCCUGCCCCUGGGCAUAUACCUGGCCACCAAGUUCUGGAUGUACAUCACCUGGUUCUUCUGGUUCUGGAACGAUCUCUCCUUUGUAUCCAUCCACAUCCCCUUCCUAAUCAACAGCAUGGCGCUCUUCUACAACUUCGGCAAGUCCUGGAAGUCUGACCCCGGGAUCAUCAAGGCCUCAGAGGAGCAGAAGAAAAAGACCAUCGUAGAGCUGGCGGAGACGGGAAGCUUGGAUCUCAGUAUAUUCUGCAGUACCUGCUUGAUACGGAAGCCUGUGAGGUCCAAACACUGCGCCGUGUGCAACCGCUGCAUCGCCAAGUUCGACCACCACUGCCCCUGGGUGGGCAACUGUGUGGGAAGUGGGAAUCACCGCUACUUCAUGGGAUAUCUCUUCUUCCUGCUCUGCAUGAUCUGCUGGAUGAUCUACGGCUGCAUCUGCUACUGGAGGGUCCACUGCGCCACCACCUACUCCAAGGACGGCUUCUGGACCUACGUGACGCAGAUCGCCACCUGCUCGCCCUGGGUGUUCUGGAUGCUCCUCAACAGCGUCUUCCACUUCAUGUGGGUGGCCGUGCUCAUCAUGUGCCAGAUGUACCAGAUCGCCUGCCUGGGCAUUACCACCAACGAGAGGAUGAACGCCAGGAGAUACAAGCACUUUAAAGUCACAACCACGUCCAUCGAGAGCCCCUUCAACCAUGGGUGCAUACGAAACCUCAUAGACUUCUUUGAGUACCGCUGCUGCGGCCUGUUCCGGCCGGUGAUCGUAGACUGGACCACUCAGUACACAAUAGAGUACGACCAGACGUCCGGGUCGGGCUACCAGCUGGUGUAGCAAGCCGCCCCAGGGUUCCGGAAUCCCAUCGGAAUGAGGCCGUUCUCGGAAGCGCCUGCCUGGAUUACUUACCUCCUUCACUGGGACUGAAGUCAGCUGGGACGAGCAUGCGGUAACAGGACACGACGACGAAACCAACCAACCAAUAAGCAUCACCGGAACACUGGAGCCCCCCCCCCC